AUGGAGAUGGACAGCUCAAGCAAGGCGGCGGCGCUGGAACUCUUCGAUGUCGGGCCGUGCGAAGAGCCCUUCCGGUUGGGUUAUCUCGUAGGGCGGAAGUUCUCGAGCAUGAUCCAGAGCAGGGCCGCCGCGGACCUCGUCCUUCAGCGGCAGCUUCUCCCGUUUGCUCGAACCCCGCAGGCGGAGCCACUGAUACAAGCCAUCUGCAGCGCCAACAGGCAGCGGUUUCCGGCGCACUGGGAGGAACUGCUGGGAACUGCCGAAGGCAGCGGCGUGCCUGUUCUUCAUAUAAUACUACUGAACUUUCGGAAGGAGAUCCUCCCCUUCAUUCCAAAGGAGGAGACCACUCCACAAAAGGAAGCUGCUGCUGAUGACGACGACGACGACUGCUCGGAUGUUCUUGUGGUAAACGACUCCAUGGCCAUCGCUGCACACAAUGAAGACGCAAACACAGCUUUACUUGGCCACACCUACCUGGUGAGGGCAAGACUGCCGAAUGGGGCGUCGUUCACAGCAUACACUUACGCAGGCGAGCUACCCAGCUGUGCGUUUGGCUUCAACAGCAAUGGCAUUGCAUUCACGCUGAAUUCAGUGCCUCCAAGACUGGAAGAGAUAAUUGCCGGCGGUAUCGGCCGGAAUCUUAUAUCCCGAGAUUUGCUAGAAGCUACAAGCCUUGAAGAUUCCCUGGAUAGAAUCUGUUCAUGCAACACUGCAGUCGGACACAGCUACAAUUUGGUAGAUGUAAUCAGUCGAAGAAUACUGAAUGUUGAAACAGCAUCAAAGAACCGCUUCUCGAUUCAUGAAGUUGGAAAGACACCGUUCUUCCACGCAAACAUGUAUCUCCACCUCCAAGUAGAGCAGGUACAAGAUGAGAACUCUAUCAGCAGGCAGAGAAGAGCAGCCCAACUCUCAGCUGAGUCAAAAUCAGCAGUUCUUUCGAUCCUGGGGGAUUCUGCAGAUGAGAAAUAUCCGAUCUACAUGACAGGUCCAACAUUGUACACUCUAUGCACUGCUUUGAUUGAUGUAGAUGAGAGAACAGUUUCCAUCUUGCAGUGCAACCCAAAGAAAGGAGAUGUCUCCUACAUGCUUCCGAUAUGCUGAACGAAAAGCUCAAAAGCCACUGCAGCAGACGUUGAGUCGAGCAUUUACAUGGUGCUGAGAUCUUCAUAUACCAUUUUUUUGAAACAAAGCUUAGAUUGUGUUUAGAACAGCAUAUUUUGUUCUCACUGAAAUGCCUUAAAACAGAGCUGAUUACUUGCACAACAACAUUUAUCGUCAUUGGUCGAUCCUCCAGUGCGAUAUA